AAACCUUAUCCAAUUGAGCAAAUCCUAUGGUAUCACGCCAAGUCAGCAUCAAGCAUCUGAGUGUAUCCAAUUCAAGCAUUCUAAAGCCACAAAGUGCUCAUGUGGCUAUGAUUCAAAAUUGCUUACUCAUUUUAUAUUUGAUUUUAGAUCCCUAAACAAUUUACAAAAUUAUCACAGAAGAUCAAAUUGGUGGAAAUGGCAGCAGCAUCUAUGAUGACCACUCUCCCACAGUUCAAUGGGUUGAAGCCCCAAUUCUCAGCUGCCCCUAUAAAAUCCCUGGCAUUAGUUCGGCCCAUGAGGAGAAAGGGAAAUGGAGCAUUGGGCACUCGCAUGGAUUUCAUUGGCUCACCCACAAAUUUGAUAAUGGUGACAACAACAAGCCUAAUGCUAUUUGCUGGUAGAUUUGGGUUGGCUCCAUCAGCAAAUAGGAAGGCCACUGCAGGAUUAAAGCUUGAAGCAAGGGACUCUGGACUUCAAACCGGUGAUCCAGCUGGUUUCACUCUUGCUGAUACCUUGGCUUGUGGUACUGUUGGUCAUAUUAUUGGUGUUGGCAUUGUUCUUGGCCUUAAGAACCUUGGAUCUCUGUAAAUUUUUCAAAUUUUCUUUUUUUUUUUUAUUUAAAUUCCUUUGAACAUAUCUCAAUGUGAUAUUGUUCUCAUA